UUCGCAAGGACUUUGCUUAGGCAUCAAAGCAGUGUGACCGACGACCGCAAAGUUAGUCGGGCUGUAUGCCUAAGAGUCAAGUAGCGUGAUUCGUGAAGUACGUUUGCUACACCCUAAGUGUUCACAAUGAACCUUUUCCUUCGUAAUCUAUCAUUGCGUGCUAGCCGCUUUCGACCCGCACCUUGUAUCGCAUACGUGCGUGAGUACAGUAAAGGAUCCCGGUUCCCUGAUCCUUUGGAACUUUCGACAGGUAUAGCGAAACGCGAAAUGCUAGCUAUUCAGGCCGGCAACAAGGAUCCAUUUGGCAUGGAAGCCGUCAAGCGCGGCCCGGGAACGAAAGAGAACCCCAACCUCGUCCCAUCGAUGCUUGACAAGCGUAUGAUCGGCUGCAUCUGUGAAGAAGAUUCAGCCUCAAUUAAUUACAUGUGGCUCCACAAGGGUGAGCCGAAACGUUGUGAAUGCGGAUACUGGUUCAAGCUCGUAGAGGGCAAGUUCAUUUAGGCAAUAUUACCACCCGCGUGUCUGAAUGUAUUGAAAGUAAGGGAAUGAAGCGAAAAUGGGGGAAGCACAAAGCAAGUCAAGAAAGAAAAACAUCAACGGAAAAUGAUUCGAUUACAGCCCCCAUAAUUUUACCUUCAUUACUCUAAUAUACGAAGAAAUACACUAGGGCAGGCUGGACGUUCUAUCGAUUUUAAAGAAGCUAUCCAAUUCUAUCAACAACGUCUCGUCUGAAAAAUUCGCCUACAACUGCGAACACAAUCAUAACUACAAUACCAGCAACAAUAAGAGUAGGCGGCUGCCCAUUCCGUUCUGUUGCCCUCCUCGAUCUAACUACUGGUACCAGUGCACAACAUCGCGCAUUGAGGACGCACAUUUCAUGAGGUUCUUCACUGUCAGUAACCCAUGGACAGCGGCUAUUGAUCCUAUUGAUGCAGUUGCAGUGUUUGCUGAAUUAAAAAGAAACAACUUUUGGGCCGCCGAUUUGGGUAGUACGAAGGGUAACGAAUUUAAUAAUAAAAAACACAGCAAAGCAGAAAACGGAAGGCGAGGUAAACGAGCCAUAGGUGUUUAAAAAUAUAGUUAAUAAAUACUAUUGAUAAUGCUGAGAAUGAUAAACAAAUGCACAGAUGAAAAAGCCGUGGAGGUUCUGUGAAUAAACAGUUCUACCAAAGGA